UUGCAUGGCUGCCUAAUCGCCGAAUUAGUCCAUUGACGUCAUCUUCGGAAAACACAGGUAUCCCAAAUAUCCCCAAACAUUUGGUUCUAUGUAGCUAUUCACCAGUCUCUCUCCGUCCGAGUUAAAAUUCAAGAUGGAGGCCAAAGGCAACAGARUGGACAGGAAAAGACCAAGAGAUAAUAACGAGGAAGAUUUCUUGAUUAUACGAGCUAAAGGACAGUAUUUGAAAGUCCCCAAGGAACGAGAACAUGAAGGAAUUUCUAUUUCAAGUGGAACAGAUAAUUUAGUAAAGCCAAAGAAAAGAAAGAAAGUCAUUUCGAGGAAAGAGAAAAGAAAAAUUAACAGGGACGAAAAGAAGACGAAGAAAAAGAACUUCUUUCUAAAGAAUGUAAAGUCAGAGAGCACUACGAAACAGAAACCACAGGGUAAAAAACAAGUUAUAUCUGAUGAAACGCAUGAAUUAAUAGACACAGAAGAACCUUCAAAGAGAAAGAAAGGAAAGAGGAAACGAAAGAAAUCUAUGCCAACUGAAAGAGACCUGGAAAUCCAGAGGCUGAAGGAGGAAAAUGAGAAUGAAGAUAAGCAGAUUAAGAGGCUAGAAAAAUUACUCAACAUGAAAAACAAAAAGAAUUUGCCUUCUCAGUUUAAAGCUGAUGGUUUGGACUAUCUGUUUGAGGUUUGUGAUCAUCAGAGAUAUAAUCUUGAAGGUGGAAGUGACAGUGAAAAUGAUCCUGGGCUUGACAAAUACCUGAAAGCAUUCUCUAGAAAUAAAAAGGAUAAAAGCAAAAUGUUUAAUACGAAAAAAGAUGGAAAAGCGAAAGAAAAAGAAAGUGAUGCUCUUGAUGAAGAAAGUGACUUGGAUUUAACUGAUGAUGAUGAUGAUGAUGAUGACAAUAGCGAUGAGGAGGAGGAGGAGGAAGAUGAAUCCUUCCUUAACAACAGUGCUUGCGAAAAAGCUGAAAAUGAUAGUGAUAGGAAUUCAGAUAAAGAUGAUGAUGAUGAUGAUGAUGCCCAAUCCAAUAAUGAUGACAAUAUUGAUGAUGAAAACAACAUAAGCUGUGAAAGCAGUGAUGAUAAUGAAAAAGAUGAUGUUGAAGAUGACAUUGAUGAUGAUGAUGAUAGCAAUGAAAGUGAUGAGGACAUCAAUGAAAAUGACACUWAUUCGAAUGUGAAAUUAAAUAGUGAAGUAAAACAUGAUUCAAUUAUUCCAUCUGGUAAAAAAGGAAUCCAAGAAAAUCCAACCAAAUAUAUUCCUCCGCACCUGCGAGGCACAGACAGUUCUAAGUCUAAUAAAGAACAUUUGGAUAAGGUGAAAAGGCAGCUCAAGGGACUAUUGAACAGGCUCAGUGAAGGAAAUCUUCAAGUUGUCUGCAGUGAAAUAGAGGGACUUUUUAAUCGUAAUAGUAGGAAUGACAUGAAUGAACUGCUGACUAGUCUGAUCCUAGAUUCUUGUGUCUCGACAUCAUUGAUGUCUCCAAAGCUCUUAAUGGAACACUGUUUGCUUCUAGCUGUUCUAAACAGCAACAUUGGAUUGGAAGUAGGGGCCCACUUUGUUCAGACAUUAGCAGUUCAGUUUGAUCGCCUUCACAAAGCUGGGCAAAGUGAGAACAGUGGCAAGGAGAUCUUUAAUGUUGUUUCGUUAUUUUCACAUCUUUAUAAUUUUAAGGUUAUUCACUGUGGUCUGAUUUACGACAUCAUUCGUCUUCUGUCUGAUGGAUUCCAAGAACAAGAUAUUGAUUUGCUGCUGUUAAUAUUAAAAAGCACAGGAGCUGAGAUCCGUCGAGAUGAUCCUGGAUCUUUAAAGGACAUCAUUCUACAAAUCCAAGCAAAGGCAGCAUCUGCUUCUGACCUGUCAAAUGACUCUCGAGUUCGUUUCAUGUUGGAGAUCAUCUCAAAUCUGCGCAACAAUAAUCUACAAAAGAUACCAGGCUAUGACCCAUCACAAGUUGAACACCUCAGGAAACUACUACGAUCAGUUAUUAGAGAUUAUAAUCGAUCAUCAGGCUCUCAGCUGCAAAUAUCUUUGCGGGAUCUCCUUGAAGCAAACACCAAAGGCCGGUGGUGGAUCGUGGGCUCAGCUUGGAGUGGACGUCAAGAGUCUAGGGAUACCUCUGUUACGUCAUCUGCCCAAAAGUGGAACUCUAAGCUACUGGAAUUAGCUCGUAAACAACGCAUGAACACUGAUGUCAAGAAGAACAUUUUCUGCGUCAUGAUGACUAGUGAGGAUUAUGUAGAUGCCUUUGAAAAGUUAUUGCGGUUAAAUUUAAAGGAUGUUCAAGCUCGUGAGAUCGUACAUGUUCUGGUUGAUUGCUGUAUGAAGGAGAAGUCUUACAACCCUUUUUAUGCCUAUCUUGGACAGAAAUUCUGCGAAUAUAACCAUUCUUAUCAGGUUACGUUUCAGUACACAUUCUGGGAUAAAUUAAAAGUGAUUGACAGCUUGACAGAGAGCAGUGUUCAAAAUAUGUCUUUCCUUCUAAGUCACCUCAUCGCAAGCAGAGCACUUUCUCUUUCUAUACUAAAGGCGGUGAAUUUCAUGGAACUGGAGAAACCGUCUGUUCGUUUCUUCAAGCAUUUCUUUACCUAUUUGCUGACUGAAUACCCUGCAGAUACUAUCAGGAAGUCGUUCGAGAGAAUUGCCUCGUUGAAAGACUUGGCACACGCUCGCCAAGGCAUGGCUAUUUUUAUUCGUCAUUUUAUCGCUAAGAAAAAGAAACACGAUGGUGGAGGAUCAAGUGUCAUCGCCGAGAGAAUCCAAAGUGUCAUCGAUAUCCUGCAUUCUUCAAGUGGCUCUGUACUAUAGCAAGUACAUUUUCUGUAUUUUGUUCAUAUCUCGUUGGGUCCUGUUUGUUUACAGUUCGUAAACAAUACUGGCUCCCAUUAUGCCACGUGACCCAUGUCAUGUGCCAUGUGACCUGUGUCAUGUGACCCUUGUGAUUUAGGUCUACUUUCUCUACUGGAAGCGGUUGGCAAGAAGAGGAUCGUUUUGUCAUCGCGUAUAAAAUAAAAUAAAUAAAAAAUGUGGUCCGAAAUCAAACUAGUGAUAACAAAAUUGCAAGCCCGUGUAGCUUCUUUCUUCUAUCAUCUGAUUGGUCAAAUGCAAUUUAUUGACUCUUGAAAACAGUGCAAUUUAAUACCCAAAAUGGUCUGAUUCUUAAUUUAAUCGCACUGCUGACAGCCAAUCACAUUUCAGGAUUUGCUGGUGCUCUCAAAUUGGAUAUAAUCGAUUCAUAUCAAUUUGUUGUCCAGCUAAUUGRUAGCGCAUGACUCAAAAGAAAACGGUGUCUUUGGCUUAAAGCUCUAGACCAAUCAGAUAUAAGAAAAAAGAGACAACGCCCUUGUAAAUUGGGUUUGUAAGACGCAAUUAUAGCCCUUGUUGCAGAAUAUAAAUCUGCCCGAAACUUUAAGGGCUCAUUUCAGUUUGUAAAAAAAUUGUAUUACGAAGGUGCUGACUUAGUUCCAACUGAAGUUGUUUUUCACCAAAAUGUAUCGAACACAUGGAAGGCUUAAUCCAUAUUGUAUCAUUCCUCCCAUCGGAUCGUCAAUCUGUUUUUUUGAAAAUUUUAACCAGGCGGUACUGCAACCGUUACUUACCAUCCGCGAAAUGGAAAAUUCUUUACGAGACACCAUGAUGGAACCGACGACUCGAGACUCCAGUAGUGGAAAAGCAUUUCAUGUUCAGAGAAAGGCCCGUACGUUUUAUCCAGGCAAAAUAAAUUUAAACGAGUCAUUAAAAACUGAAGAUAUCAGAAUGGUUUAUUCAGACGAAGAGAUUGACAUUGAGUUCCAAUAUCUUGGAAUGCAAGAUAGGAAAUAUUGCUCAUCAGAAGACGACCAGGACGGGGAUGAUGACAAAGAAUACGUAAUUGGCAGCACGGGCGUAGAAGGAGACGAGCAAGACACCGAGGACCGUAAUAAGAACACUGAAGAACUGGAAGAACCUGAUCCUGAUUUUUUUGAAGGUGUGAUAAACAAACUGCAAUCGUGGUGCAGUAAUUCCGACCAAGAGACAGACAAUGAGGACUUCCAAGAUUUCUCCAUUAUCGAUGGCUCAGAUCCCAGCUUGAUUACCAUCUCAUGUCUACCUAUGGCGCACAUACAAAGGAAUAGCGAUCAGAAUUGAACAGAAAACAUCAAGUAACAAACGACUAACUAACUCUUAAAGAUUUUUUUUYCUUAAACCAUAGCAUUUUAACGCGCCAAAUCUGGAAUUUUACACUACUAUUAUAUGUACACGUUAUUCUUCGGUCCGGUUUCUUUCUGAUUUUCUAUCUUUUUUUUUUUUUUUUUUCCUUUUCAU